GGAUCUUUGGCAGAGGUGUGGGGAUGGAGGGAUGAGAUUUAUGCCAAGCAUGGCUUGGAAGGAAGAGUGCGUCCUUUGGGGUUGAUUUUGCACAUGGUCCGUCCUGGAAAGAAGAGAGAUCCACUCUUCCAGCUCUCUGGCAAAUGCUGCUUUCCCCAUACACUUCUCUUCCCACCCCAGUCCUGGUGCUGUAGCUCUCCUGGGCACUAGAAUUUGCUCCCUGCAGGGCAGAGCCAGGUGUGGAAAACUUGGUUUAGGAAGCAGAAAGCUUUCCUGAAUGUGUUCCCAAAGGACUUUGUGGGUGCUGGAAUGUUGAAGGAUCAACUUGUCAUCCCUGCCCUCCUCCAUGGCCUCUAGAAUGAACGUGAAAAAUCCUGCUGUGUGCAUUCCUGACCAUUCCUCCUCCUUGCAGGGAGCAGGGGCUGGUGCAGCUACUUCUUGCACCUGAGUAGGUGCGAUUUCAGGAGUGCAGCUAGCAUGGUCUGGCAGUCAUCGAUCCCUGGGGACAUUGGCCACCAGUCCCUGGGGACAGUGGUCAUUGAUCCCUGGGGACAUUGGCCAACUCUGACCCGUGCCAUGUUUGUGUUCAGGACUUGGCUGUGCCUGGGGAGGGGAGGCUGUGAGAGAAAAUGCUGGAAAAGUAUUCCCUGUCAGGAAACAUCCCGUUCCCUAUUGGACACAUCCCCCAGGGAAAAACAUGGUGCUUUUCCACAGGCACUCACUCUCAGGUUCCAAGGAGGAAAACCCAUGGAGCUCCAGGCAAACUCCCACGGGUGCAUGACUCCACCGUCCCCGGGGUCUGGGGUCUCCCACCUCCUCCUGGAGCUCCUGUGCCCCACCUUCUCCACACUCCGGCUGUUGUUUCCGGCUGGAUCAGAGCCCAGCUAAAUUUAGGAGGAUCGAUUUCAGCCCCUGCCUCUGCCCCGCAGGGGAAAGGACAGAGCAAAGGUGGCCAGGAACGAAGAGCCACGGGGGGCUCCACUCCCUGGCCCCUGGACGUGCUUGUGGCAUCUGAUUUUAUCCGGGUGCGAGGCCAUGGAGGGGCCCAGGAAGGCUGGAAUUUUCCUGGGUGAUCCCACGGGUCUCUCUGGCUGUCACUUGGGGCAGAGCUUGUGACAAGGACACCCAUGUGUCCCACAGGGAAGGAGCUCCCAGCGCUGGGAGACAGAUCGUUUCCUGGGAAGGCUGACACAGGGCAGCUGCCGAAUGAAGCUGGGAGCUGCUGGCGGGUGAGAGACCACCCAGGCUUUGCAUGGAUGGGAAUGGGGACACCUGCCCGCAGUAGGAGCCCAGGGCAGCUGGAAAACUCCGGCCUCUUCCUCCGAGCUUUCCUGCUCCUUUUCCUCUGCAGGCAUGUCUCUUCCCAGUGCAAGAUCCUACGCUGCAACUCGGAGUACGUGGCAGCGACGCUGCACCUGCGCGGCCCCAACCGUGACAGCGCGUUCUGCACCGCUCUGCGCUCCUACUCCCUGUGCACGCGCCGCACCGCCCGCACCUGCCGCGGGGACCUGGCCUUCCACUCUGCUGUGCAUGGCAUUGAGGACCUCAUGAUCCAGAACAACUGUUCCAAGGAAGGGCCCACAGCCCUGCCCCGGCCCCGGCCCCCCGCCCCGAACCCCCACGGCUUUGAGUCGCUCGACAUCUGUGAUUACGAGCGGAGUUUCCUCUACAAGCACGGCCGCCCUCCCGGUUUCCAGCACUGUGCUGCCUUUGGGGACCCCCACAUCCGCACCUUCCACGAUGACUUCCACACGUGCCGGGUGGAGGGCUCCUGGCCGCUCUUGGACAAUGACUACCUGUUUGUGCAAGCCACCAGUUCACCAGUGACCGAGGGAUCCAACGCUACAGUCACCAGCAAGCUGACCAUCAUAUUCAAGAACAUGAAGGAAUGCAUCGACCAGAAGGUUUACCAGGCUGAGCUGGACAACGUCCCAGCAGCCUUCCAGGAUGGCUCCGUGAACGGGGGCGCGCGUCCGGGUGGGAGCAGCCUGGCGAUCCGGGAGCGCAGCCCCGGCCGGCACGUGGAGAUCCGCGCCAGCUACAUCGGCACCACCAUCGCCGUGCGCCAGGCCGGCCGCCAGCUGUCCUUCUCCAUCCGUGCUGCCGAGGAGGUGGCCCGGUCCUUCACCGAGGAGCAGGACCUGCAGCUGUGCGUGGGCGGCUGCCCCCACAGCCAGCGGAUGUCGCGCAGCCCCCGCGGGCGUGGCCGUGUCCCUGCGGACACAGCCCGAGCGCUCUGCCGGGAGAUGCUGCCCGUGGAGGAUGUCUACUUCCAGUCGUGUGUCUUUGAUGUGGUGACCUCAGGGGACACCAACUUCACCAUGGCAGCCCACGGGGCGCUGGAGGAUGCCCGGCUCUUCCUGCCCAAUGCUGAGAAGCUUCACAUCUUCCAAGCUGGAGGGGGCUGCCCAGUCACCUCUCCAUCAUCUGUCCUCCUCCUCUUCCUCCUCCCCUGUGGACUUUGGACUGUUUUGUUGCACUUUUAACCCUUGCCUGCUCUGUAGGGAACCUGUGAGAGAGCUGCUGGCUCCAAGCUGCAGCCAGGAGGGAUUCAUCACCUUGAAGGAGGUGUCUCCACAGCCACAAGGAAUCAGAGACCCAGGAGAGGGGAGAGAUGAACCCCUGGUUUGCACCCUCUGGUCUCACAUGGAUGGUGCAGCUUCUCCAAGCUCCUCUCCUGAAGGCAGAUCCAUUUUUUCUGUUCCAUUCGGACAUGUUCUUUUCCCCUAAGGAUGUGACAUCGCAGUGCAUAAAAAAAAAAAUAAACCCACUGGGUUAGAAACCCCCUCUGUCCUUCAGAGCUAUUCCAUAACUCAUUUCUCACCUUUCUCCCAGUGUUAAUCCAGCAGAAUUCCACUCAGGAACCCUACAGAUCCAGAAAUAAUGGACUCAAAGCCCAAUUUUUAGCAGUAAAAAAAAGGGUUUUAAAUGGAUUUGGGACCCUUCACUCAGCUGUUCCCAAAGCAGAGCAAGGCCACAAAUUGCUUUGAAGAGCGUUGUGACCGAGGGAGACUUUAAGUAGAAAUCAGCCGGUUUUGUCCGUGUGCUCCUCUUCCAGGAUAUUUAUUUUCACAAGCAGAUCGCCAGCAGCGGGAGCUGUGGAGCUUGAGACCUCCUAUAGCCCAGGCCACUGUUGCUGUUUUUCCUUGUUUUCUUGGCACCUGUUGUGGACUCAAUUUAGCCUGGUCUGGACUUGGGACUGGUGUCAGGUUUCAGGGAGGACAAAACACCCCUUGGGAAUUCUCUCCCUUGGGCUCAGAUUCUCUGUCACUGCACAAAUACAACUCAGCUUUCACUUGGAAAACAGAAUUCCUGAUGGCAAAGAGCCAGCUGGGCACACAGAUGGGCAGGGUGUUGCGCUGUGGAAGGUGCAUAACUGCAGAGGGGAGGGCGAAUUUCACAUAUUUCUGAGAAUUUCAGUAAAGCAGAUGGAGUUCUACAGGAGAUAUCUUUUCCAUAGGGAAGACUUUCCUUUAUUUGGAAUAAAGUAUUAAAAACUUGA